CACUUUCCAGGCGAGUCGCAGCUCAUCUCGAGUGAGAACGCUGAUUUCCGACAGCCUUGAAAGCACCGUUUGUCACGUCACCGGCUAUCCCAGAAGCCUUCUCAUCAGGAAGUGGUAUGCUCGACAGCUCCUAGGGUUUGUUUUGACAAUGAUGGAGGAAGAAGAAUUUGAAUUUGCGGAGGAUUUGGAGGCUAUUUUGCAUCUCACCCCAGAGGUGCAACUAGCCAUUGAACAGGUUUUCCCCAGCCAAGACCCACUGGACAGAGCAGACUUCAAUGCAGUGGAAUACAUCAACACACUGUUCCCCACUGAGCAGUCUUUGGCUAAUAUUGAUGAUGUGGUAAACAAGAUUCGUCUGAAGAUUCGGCGUCUGGAUGACAAUAUCAGGACUGUGGUGAGAGGCCAGACCAAUGUGGGCCAGGAUGGCAGACAAGCAUUGGAAGAGGCCCAGAUAGCAAUCCAGCAGCUUUUUGGCAAAAUCAAAGACAUCAAGGACAAGGCAGAGAAGUCUGAACAAAUGGUCAAGGAGAUUACAAGGGACAUAAAGCAGCUGGACCAUGCCAAGCGCCACCUCACUACAUCCAUCACCACCCUAAAUCACCUGCAUAUGUUGGCGGGAGGCGUGGACUCUUUAGAGGCCAUGACCAGAAAGAGGCAGUAUGGUGAGGUAGCCAACCUACUGCAGGGAGUGGUCAACGUGCUUGAACAUUUCCACAAAUACAUGGGCAUACCCCAGAUCAGACAGCUUUCAGAGAGAGUAAAAGCAGCACAGAGUGAGUUGGGGACUCAGAUUCUGGCAGAUUUUGAAGAAGCCUUCCCCUCUCAGGGCUCCAAGAGACCAGGUGGUCCCAGUAACGUGCUAAGAGAUGCCUGUCUGGUGGCAAAUGUGCUGGACCCACGCAUCAAACAGGAGAUUAUCAAAAAGUUCAUCAGGCAGCACCUCUCCGAGUACCUGGUACUCUUCCAGGAAAACCAAGAUGUCGCAUGGCUGGAUAAGAUCGAUCGCCGCUAUGCCUGGAUCAAGCGGCAACUGGUCGACUACGAAGAGAAAUAUGGGCGCAUGUUUCCUGAAGAGUGGUGCAUGACAGAGCGGAUUGCCGUGGAGUUCUGCCACAUCACCAGGGUGGAGCUUGCUAAAGUCAUGCGAACACGUGCUAAGGAGAUUGAGGUGAAGCUGCUUCUGUUCGCCAUUCAGAGGACCACAAACUUCGAAAGUCUGCUGGCCAAACGCUUCACCGGAUGCACCUUGACUGACGUACCUGGACAGAAGAGGCCAGAGAGCCCUCUAGAACCCAGUAACCCCUUCCUAGAGGAUGAGCCAGGCGAGGAUGUGGGCACAGAGAAGGAUGAGGAUCUGGCCAAGCCCAGGAAACCCAAAGCUCCGGACAACCCUUUCCACGGCAUUGUCUCCAAGUGUUUUGAACCUCAUCUAUAUGUCUACAUAGAAUCCCAGGACAAGAACCUGGGUGAACUGAUUGACCGGUUUGUGGCUGACUUCCGAGCACAGGGCCCACCCAAGGCGGGCACGGAGGAGGGCGGAGCAGUACUGCCAAGCUGUGCUGACCUCUUUGUUUAUUACAAGAAGUGCAUGGUGCAGUGCUCCCAACUAAGCACUGGAGAGCCCAUGAUUGCCCUCACAACCAUCUUCCAGAAGUUCCUGAGAGAGUACGCCUGGAAGAUCCUCUCUGGCAACCUGCCUAAAUCCAGCAGUAACAGUGGGGGUCUUACUAUCAGCAGUCUGCUGAAGGAGAAAGAAGGUUCAGAAGCAGCAAAGUUCACCGUGGACGAGCUCUGCCUGAUCUGUAGCAUCCUCAGCACUGCCGAGUACUGCCUGGCUACCACACAACAGCUGGAAGAGAAGCUGAAGGAGAAAGUAGAUAAAGUCCUGGUGGAGAGAAUUAAUUUGACUGGGGAGAUGGAUACAUUCAGCACUGUAAUCUCAAACAGUAUCCAGCUACUUGUUCAAGAUCUUGAUGCUGCGUGUGACCCUGCUCUCACUGCUAUGAGCAAGAUGCCGUGGCAGAGUGUGGAGCAUGUAGGUGACCAGAGUCCAUAUGUGACUUCAAUCAUCAUGCACAUUAAGCAGAAUGUGCCGAUCAUCAGAGACAAUCUAGCCUCCACACGCAAAUACUUCACACAAUUCUGCAUCAAAUUUACAAACUCCUUCAUCCCCAAAUUUAUCAACCACUUAUUCAGAUGUAAGCCUAUCAGCAUGGUGGGAGCUGAACAACUCCUCCUGGACACCCACUCCCUGAAGACCGUCUUGCUGGAUCUGCCCUCCAUAGGCUCCCAGGUGCUCCGCAAGGCACCUGCCAGCUACACCAAGAUCGUGGUGAAGGGCAUGACCCGUGCAGAGAUGAUACUUAAGGUGGUGAUGGCCCCACAUGAACCACCAGUGGUGUUUGUUGAUAACUACAUCAAGCUCCUGGCUGAUGGCAAUCCUGAGACCUUCCAGAAGAUUCUAGACAUGAAGGGUUUGAAGCGCAGUGAACAGAGCAGCAUGCUGGAGCUCUUCAGACAGAGGUUACCCACUCCACCCUCCGGGGCCGACGGUGGCCCCUCUCUGUCCUUCAGUGCCCCCACCCCUGAACAGGAGUCAUCCCGCAUACGCAAACUAGAGAAACUCAUCAAGAAGAGACUGUGAACAAACACACGCUGAACUCACACAAUAAAACUUAAAAAUGCUGCAUGCUGUGAUGGUCUUAACCUCUGUUGCAGCUAUUCAUCUCAAAGACAUCAUUCAGUUAUUGUGGAGAGUUACAGAAAGAACAAAAAGUUGACUGCAUUUUCUGACUGACAGUAAUAUGAACCCAAGCUGACACUGGAUUAUGAAGAAACUUCCUCAACUGCUACUUGCUGUUGGUACAUAUGCCAUUUAUUUCUGUAAUUUCCCACCUUUCUGUACAUGACACUAAUGUCUGAGUUUUGAAACAUUAGUACAUUGUUGCACAGUGUAUUUGCACUCAGAGGGCCGAAUGUAGUGCUGUUAACUAAAUUCUGCUCAGAGGGCCACUGGCUGCCUCUCUGGGAGAUGUCUAAUCCAGGAUGAUUACAGGCAGGCCAAUCUUAAUUAAAGCUGAUGUUUUCUGAAUAUAAUGUGUUUCAAGGAUAACCAUGGCUUUCCGCAGCUAUUUUAAUUUCAAGUGGGGGAUACCGGACUGAAAUUUGUAUGAUUCUCUGCCUUCCAUUAAAGUUGACAUGAGGCAUAGGUGUUAGGUAUUUGUGUAAACAGUAGCCUAAAAUACAGCAUUGACUUCAUAUUUAGAAUCCCCAAGUCUGGGUUGGCUUUGUAUUGGCAGUCUUUUAACUCAGGCCUUUGCUUAGGAGGGAUGGAAAGACUGAGUAUAUCCCGUGUGUACAUGCAGUACGUGCAGGUUAAUGAUCUGUCUUAUCUUACAGGCCAAAAUACUCUGUACAAGCUGUAAUGACUAAAUUAUCUAUAUUAUCUCAUUUGCAUUGACAUGAACUCAAGGUUUUGUUUUGUUGGGUGUCAAUUUACAGUAUUCAUCCAUUCAACAGCACUAUUGUAGCUACAGUAUGUUAUGUGUUCUGUCUGAACUCAAACAUGUAAUUUAGAAAACCAAAUCUUUUCAUCACAAAAAUGUACCAAGACACGGAUGGGUUUGUCUCAGCACUUAACCAAUAAUUUUCUGGGUCUCUCUGAAGCUGUUCCCUCACAUAUCCCUAUGUAUCUAAUGCAGAAUAUGACAGUCAUGGAAGAAAAAGAAAACUGGAUAUUUGUUCAAAUUCUGUUCCCUGGUUAAGGUCAUUGAUAUUGAUGCCAGUGCCUCUCGGUUUAAAAGUCAUUGCAGAUCAAAAAUAAAUGCUUUCAGUAACACAUUCCUGCCUUCAGGUACAAAAUGUUACUUGUCUGUAUUGUCUGAAUUGUAUACACAGGCAAUUGUUGAACACUAUUAAAACAUUGCCACAGAUUA